AUCCAUCACCUUCACUAGUAGUAGCACCGUAGCAACCACACACAACACAACCUACGACCCAUCGCCGCAGCGAUCGACCUCGAGAGGAGAUGGGGAAACGCGGCAGCCAGAAGCCGGCGCCCAAGAAGAAGCCGCAGAAGCUGGAGACAACUUUCACCUGCCCCUUCUGCCAACGCGCCGACGGUGUGGAGUGCAGCAUCGACCUCAAGCUCCGGAUCGCCGUGGCCACCUGCUGGGCGUGCGAGGAGACCUACGCCACCAAGGCGCACUCCCUCACAGAGCCCCUCGACGUCUACAGCGAGUGGAUCGACGAAUGCGAGAAGGCCAACCAAGAAGACCACAUGGAGAUUGAUUAGAUUAGUAGGUCUAGUCUGCCUUAGUUCAGAGCAGGCCAACAAUGUAAUAGGGAUCAUGUA